CCAGUGCUAUAACAUAACAUAACCCCAUUAUUCACACAUAACGCGCUCUUUCUCAUUCUCAGCUCCAUUUUCAAUUCACAUUUCGAAACGAACAAAGAAAGCUUCAGAAAAUCAUCGUGAAAUGUUGACCUUCGUCAAGCGUGGAUUAGGUUUUCUCCUCCGAUUCUUCUUCCGUUCCGUUCAAGCUGCCAUGAGGUGCUUCUUCGGAUUCAGAGAGAGUCGUCAUCACCUCCCUGAACCUCUUCUUGUUUCCACCGCACCUUCUCGCUCCACAACAACGGAUGCGGUGAUAUCGGAGAAUCGUUUGUGCUCUUUGUUAUCGAAAGAAGAGAAAGGAAAUUCAGCUAGGAAUGCUGCUGAUGAGGUUUCUCUGAACGAUGAGGCAAAGUUUCUUCAAGCUUGUGGUGUGAUAUCAGGAACGCCUCCUGAAAUUCGCAAAACAUCCACGAAAUUGAAAGUGUCACCCGCUUGCGAUAGCGAACCUUCAAGGUUUCAUUCCUGGCUUCCCAAUACUUCUGCCGAGAAACUUCAGCUGGAUGUUGAUUCUUUUGAGCACACACCUAGCAGCUUUGUCUUCAAGGCCCAGGACACUCAAUAUGACUCUCCUGACUAUGUGGAAGGGAGUUGGACUAGGAGUCCUCAAACUGCAUAUAAGAUUAGAAAGAAUGAAGCUUGGACAGGCACAGAGGCUCAGAAGAAGAACAAAUCGGUGCGCUUUGAAUCUGAGAAUGAUCUAGUAUCUUAUCAAAGCCCGCCAGUUGAUGGUCAUGUGCAAAAAAACAAGUCACCCAAUAGCCAAAUGCCAAGUAAUCGAUCACCUUAUCCUACGCCAUUGAAGUUAUCUGACGAGCUGCAAACACCUGGAACCGUGUACCCUGCCUCAUUAGAUGGGCUAUGCGAUGGUAAGCAUCGUGUUCGGUCACAAUUAGUCUAUACAAAUUGCAACGCUGGUGAGAAUCUCCUGCUGACCAAGUUACUUGAAGUGCAAGGUCUUAACCCUGAGCACGAUUCAAGUGAGCUGGGUGUCGAGCAAGAUCAUAAGCUGGAAGCAAGUUUAUCUUCUUGGUUAGAACAUGCGGGAAACGGUGAAAUGGAGUCUGCUUCUGAUUUUGAGAUCCUGAAAUCUGCUGACACGCCUAGUAUUGGGGCGGUUCCUGCUGAAUUGAAUGAAGAUGAGGAUUCUCAUCUUGCUUCUCCUAAGGCGCACGAAGUCAAUGGAAUACCCAACACAACAAAGAAGUACAAGGAGGAUCAGAAAGUUAAGUGGCAUGCAACACCCUUUGAAGAGAGGCUGAAUAAGGCAUUAUCUGAGGAGAAACAUCUCUCUCAAAGGAAACUCGCAUUUGCAAAACCAGUUGUAUUUGAGGAUAUUGAGGAGUGAUGCUCAGCAACAAUCAUCCACAGUUAGAGGAGUGAUACUCAUUUCACCAAGCUAUGUGGCAAAAAGGCUUCACCUGAAUUCAUAAUCAAGAUCAUUAUGAGUUGAGAUUAUAAAGGCCAAUUUUCAAUCACAAUAGUAUAGGUUCAUUUCUGAUUUUCACCUAUACUAAAAAAGUAGAAGUACAUUUAAAGUAUAUAUUUUGAUUAUAGAUUUUUUUUUAUUACCUUGUGUAUAGAUAGGUAAUUCGGUAUUACUGAAAUACUUUUUUGGUAUAAUUGUUUGGGAUUCUUUAUCUCCUA